GUAUAACUUGCCGCUUGACUCGAUUUUCGUUCACUGCCCGUGGGUAGUGUGUCAAUCUCAAAAUCACCUGCGUCAAGUUCCCUCUUUGGGAAAUAUCCGCCCCGUGCCCGUGAUUGCUGCUCAACCACGCACAGGCAACACUGCGCGAAGAGUAAAUUCCUCUGCGACCAGGGGAAUCAGAACUAAAUAGCCCGGGUGCUGCCCAGCUUUCAAUAUUCUCUACCCUACGAAUCACCCAGCCCUGGCGCUCAAACCAUCCGUCAUCACGGGGCACUACACAGAUCACCGAAGGUGGAUGGAGACGUAUCACGGCCACGUCCGCACCCCAGCGGACGCUAUCAUCCUCUUCGAAGCUUGUCGCAUUGGCCUUCUCCCCCGAGUACAACGACGACUGUCGGAAAAAGAGCGCCAGUUGAUUCGCUCCGGGUCGGUUUUUGUCUGGGAUGAAAGGGAAGCGGGCAUGCGAAGAUGGACCGAUGGCAAAUCGUGGAGCGCGAGUCGGGUUUCCGGCAGUUUCUUGACUUAUCGCGAAAUGGAGGGCAAGCGAGGAGGAACGGGCGUGUCGCAGUCGACCAUGUCAAGAGGUGGCAAAACCCCUGACAGUGCGCGAGGCAGCGAUGAUGACCGGGCGGACGGUGUAGACGAAGGGCCCGACGGCUACCGAUACAAGCCCGACGGGUUGAUGAAGCAGUCGUUCAGCAUCACCACUUCCACUGGACAACAUCUUCAUCUCAUCAGCUACUAUUCGAGAUCGCACCCGUCUGCGGCCAACCUCCAGCAGCCUUCCACAGAUCCGGCCUUGCGACAUGUUCGACCGCAAAAAGGACUCUAUCCAGAAUCUACGGUCAACGAUCAGCAGAAUCUUCCUGUUGUGACUCGCGGUCCCAUGGCUGGUGCUGCCUACGUACCUCCUCAUCCGAUGGGACCAUAUGCUCGCGCCGCUGCCACGCAUCCUCCGUCUUAUACAGCUUCGUAUACGUGGCCACCAACGCCGCUGGCCACCCCGCCCGUCCCGGUUCAUCACUAUCCUUCAUAUCUACCACCGGUUCCUGCCGCUAGUCAUGUCGCAUACGCUCAUCAUCCUGCGUCUUUACCUCCUGGUACUCCUUUGCCGCCACCUCCGCAACCCCCUGGCCUGCAAACGCCCCAUGAUAGACCAGUGCAUGCGGUUGAAGUUGCUAUGGCUCCGAAUAUGCCACCUUCUGUACAGAUCAUUGCCAGCCGGUCGCCACGCACACCAGUGGAAGCACACGAGAUGCUGCAUAGAAGCCCCUCGGAGCUCGCACACCAUGCAGACAUUCGACGGGCGUCUCCACGCACGCAACCGCAUCCUCUAUCGCACAGCAACGGUCUUGGCCCCGCUGGGCGCAGCCCUCGACUAUUGAACCAGCCUCCGUCCAACGCAAUCCACAUUCCUCCCCCGACCGCAAUAGUCUCCAAACCUCUCGAGCCUAGCAGCGCCGGCUCCGCUGUACCUAGCAUCGGUGCUCUGAUGAACGGCGCACCGUCUGGCGGAUUGCCCUCGAUCACCGCUGCCCCAGUUCCGGCCACGGGACGGGCGGAGGGACCCAAGGACAUCCCAAGCGAGAAGAUCGGAUUUGGCGGAGAAGAUAUGAGGGCACUCAGGCAACUCGACCGAGUUUUCACUGCUUAAGCGAUCAGACGCCGGUCUGUGGUGAAUGAUGGAUCACAAAAAUCUCUGACUGCUGCUCCCUUUCGAUGUGCCAGCGUCGGUUCUCUUACAUCUGCCCUAUAUCCUUUGUU